AUGUCCCUAGGCCGUUGCUUCGCAGGCCACUCCCUCCCCCACAAACUCGACAUGGCCGCAAAAUACGGCUUCCAAGGCAUAGAAGUCUUCUACGAAGACCUCGUCGACCUCGCAAAGUCCCUCCCAGGCGGCGACACACCCGCCAACCAAAUCACUGCCGCCCGCACAAUCCGUGACCUCUGCGCCUCCCGCUCUCUCACCAUAAUCUGUCUCCAGCCCUUCAUGCACUUCGGCGGCCUCGUUGAUCGUCAAGCACAAGCCCAACAAUAUGAGGAGUUGAAGCUGUGGUUUGAGCUGUGUCAUGCAUUGGAGACGGAUCUUAUUCUGUUCCCUAGUAGCUUUUUACCAGAGGAGCAACUUACGGACGAUAUGGGUGUUAUUGCCGCUGACUUCACGGUGGCUGCUGAUAUGGGGCUGGAGCAACAGCCGCCGAUUAAGUUUGCUUUUGAGGCGCUGUGUUGGGGAACGAGGAUUAACACGUGGGAAGCGAGUUGGGAUAUAAUCCAGCGCGUUAACCGUGAGAAUUUCGGUAUUUGCCUGGAUAGCUAUAACAUCCUCGGUCGAAUCUACGCAGACCCUGCAGCCGUUGGCGGAAAGACAAAGGAAUGCGAGAGUGUUACCAAAGAGUCCAUCAAGAGGAUUCUCACAGACAUUGAUGUUAGCAAGGUUUUUCUGGUGCAGGUGGCUGAUGGCGAGAAACUCAGUUCACCUCUGAACGAGAGCCAUCCGUUUUACAACGCGGAGCAACCGUCGCGGAUGAGCUGGUCCAGAAACGCGAGGUUAUUUUACGGGGAGAGUUCGUAUGGUGCUUAUCUUCCUUGUAAGCAAUUGUUGAGAACUAUUGUUCAAGGAUUGGGGUUUGAGGGGUGGUUGAGUUUUGAGGUGUUUAAUAGGAGGUUUUGUGAUACCGAGGCUGUUGUGCCGGAGGAGACGGCCAAGAGGGCGGCUGAGUCUUGGGAGAAGAUGAAGAUUGAGCUUGGAUUGAGAACGGCGGAUGAUGUUCAGCCGAGAUUGCAGGCUAUGUUGUAA